GAAAUACGUUAUCACGUCGUUGGAACCUUCAGCUGUCAGACUUUGGCCACCCUAAAAGUACAGGUUUUGUUAGCAAACUAACUCGAACUGUACAACCAGCGCCAACUUUAUUUAAAGUUGUGCAUCCAUCUGCUCAUCGAUCGUUGAACGUCUGAGCUGGUGACCGAAACACUAAAAUUGCACGAAGAGGAACCAUCUUGUUUUAAUCGCUGCUAGUUUUUGCACGACAAGCCAGCGAUCCUGAGCGGGUGUAAGGGUAGAUGCAGGGAGGGAGGGAGUAAAAAAAGGCAAAAGUCUUUGUGCUUCCCUUCCCCCUCAUCAAAGCAAAGGGGAAAUGUCUCUGUCUAAAGGAGGGAAGAAGAAGAACCCCGGGCUGAAGCUGGCCAAAGAAGUGUUUGCGCAGCCCCCACCAGCAGCAGCAGCGCCCCCUCGAGAUCUUGACUCUAAAGCUUGCGUCACAAUUGGGGAUCAGAACUUCGUGGUGAAGGCAGAUGACUUGGAGCAGAUUGCAGAGCUGGGGAGGGGAGCAUACGGGGUGGUGGACAAGAUGAAACAUGUGCCCAGUGGUGUUAUCAUGGCUGUCAAGAGGAUUCGGGCUACAGUCAACACUCUGGAGCAGAAGAGGCUCCUGAUGGACCUGGACAUUUCGAUGAGGACAGUGGACUGCUUCUACACUGUGACCUUCUAUGGCGCCCUCUUCAGAGAGGGGGAUGUCUGGAUCUGUAUGGAGCUGAUGGACACCUCUCUGGAUAAGUUCUAUAAAAAAGUUAUUGAGAAAGGCAAAACCAUCCCUGAGGACAUCUUGGGAAAGAUCACAGUAGCAAUUGUCAAGGCAUUAGAGCAUCUGCAUAGUAACCUGUCAGUGAUACACAGAGAUGUGAAGCCCUCCAAUGUUCUGAUCAACACUCAGGGCCAAGUGAAAAUGUGCGACUUUGGCAUCAGCGGCCACCUGGUAGACUCUGUGGCCAAAACAAUGGAUGCAGGCUGCAAGCCCUACAUGGCGCCUGAGCGGAUUAACCCUGACCUCAACCAGAAAGGCUACAGUGUCAAAUCAGAUAUAUGGAGUCUUGGUAUCACGAUGAUUGAGCUGGCCAUUUUGAAAUUCCCCUAUGACUCAUGGGGGACCCCGUUCCAACAGCUCAAACAGGUGGUGGAUGAGCCUUCUCCACAGUUGCCCGCCGACCGUUUCUCCCCAGACUUUGUAGAUUUCAUCUCCCAGUGCUUAAGAAAGAAGCCAAAUGAGAGACCAGCCUAUACAGAAUUAAUGAAACAUCCAUUUUUCACCCUGCAUGACUCCAAAGAGACAGACGUGGCCAGUUUUGUCAAGGUCAUCCUGGAUGACUGAUGGGCUCCCUCCAGGCUCCACCCCAUCAGGGUAGGCGGGACCUCUCAGCAAACGAACCAAUGGC